GAAAACGGACGUAAUAUUUUACAUUUUUACAACAAUGAUUGAGCUUAAAUGUCUUGGAAUAAAGAAGUGCAUUGAAUAAUAACCAUAUAUGUGUGAUUCCCACCUUAAUUAUCGUACACUAACUUAAUUUGGAUUUUAGAACACUCUUCCUCUAUUUAAACCACCAUUUUCCUAGUAAUACUUAGAUCUUAAUUUUCUUUGUUCACCUUUUUCAAAGAACUUAAAAAUAAAAAAAUAAAAAAAAAAAUAAAAAAAAAUGGAGUGUUACGUUAUGUCUCUAGUAGUAUUCAUCGGUUGUUUAACUUUUUCCCAAGCAAAAGCUACAAACCUUAACCUUAUACCGGAUACUUGCAUGAAAAUCUCAAAAUCCGACCCAAAAAAUAUCAAUUAUGAUUUCUGUGUCAAGGCAUUGACAUCGUAUCGUCGGAGCACAAAUCCAACCAUUGAUGAAUUAGUAGAGAUAUCCUUUAAGUUAAGUUCAUCUAAGGCACAAUCCAUUAUAACAACCAUUGCUAAACUCCGGAAAGACCCUAAGUUGAGCCCAUUUGCCAAGAGCGCGUUGGGAACUUGUUCAGACCUGUAUUCGGAUGCUCAGAGUGAUCUGCAAGAGGGGCUUGAUGCUUUGAAGGGUAAGGAUCUAUCGACAGCUAAUGUACGAAUAAGUGCAGCCAUGGAUAGCGGUCCAGAUUGUGAGGAUACAUUUAAGGAGAAGGAAGGAGAAGCGUCUCCUUUAACUAAGGAGAAUUCUGAGUAUUUUAAGCUAGCUGAUAUUUUUCUUGCCUUUACUGUCAUCUUGAAAAAAUAAUUCUUAAAACGUUUUUG